CCGCCUGGGCUGCCCUCCCUCUCCUCUCCUCCCCUGCACUUCUUGUACAGAAAGGUCAGGCUCUCUGGCCUGGGUGUUUCCAGUGGGCAGGAUGGAGGACAUGGAAGGUCCUGAAUACGGCAAGCCCGACUUUGUGCUUUUGGACCAGCUGACUAUGGAGGACUUCAUGAAAAACCUGCAGCUCAGGUUUGAGAAGAACCGUAUCUACACUUACAUCGGCGAGGUGCUGGUAUCUGUGAAUCCCUACCAGGAGCUGCCCCUGUACGGGCCUGAGGCCAUCGCCAGAUACCAAGGCCGCGAACUCUACGAACGGCCACCCCACCUGUAUGCUGUAGCCAACGCUGCCUACAAAGCAAUGAAGCGUAGAUCCAGAGACACCUGUAUUGUCAUCUCAGGGGAGAGCGGGGCAGGGAAGACGGAAGCCAGCAAGCACAUCAUGCAGUACAUCGCUGCUGUCACCAACCCAAGCCGGAGGGCUGAGGUGGAGAGGGUGAAGGAUAUUCUGCUCAACUCCACCUGUGUGCUGGAGGCCUUUGGUAAUGCCCGUACCAAUCGCAACCACAAUUCCAGCCGCUUUGGCAAGUACAUGGACAUCAACUUUGACUUCAAGGGGGAUCCUGUUGGAGGACACAUCCACAGCUACCUGUUGGAGAAGUCUAGAGUUCUCAAGCAACAUGUGGGCGAAAGGAACUUCCAUGCCUUCUACCAGUUGCUUAGGGGCAGCGAAGAGCAAAAGCUGCAAGAAAUGCACCUGGAGAGAAAUCCUGCUCUGUAUAACUUCACACGCCAGGGAGCCGGGCUCAACAUGGGUGUGCACAAUGUCAUGGACAGUGAUGAAAAGAGCCACCGAGCAGUGACUGAGGCCAUGGCGGUCAUCGGCUUCAGUUCUGAGGAAGUGGCAUCUGUCCAUCGCAUCCUGGCUGCUAUACUGCACAUGGGAAACAUCGAGUUUGUGGAGACAGAGGAAAAUGGACUGCAGAAGGGGGGCCUAGCAGUGGCCGAGGCGGCUCUGGUGGACCAUGUGGCUGAGCUGACAGCCACACCCCGAGAUCUCGUUCUCCGCUCCCUGCUGGCUCGCACAGUGGCCUCAGGAGGCCGAGAACUCAUAGAGAAGGGGCACACCGUGGCUGAGGCCAGCUAUGCUAGGGAUGCCUGUGCCAAGGCAGUGUACCAGCGGUUGUUUGAGUGGGUGGUGGACAGGAUCAACAGCAUCAUGGAAGCUCGGGACCGCGACCCUCGGCGUGAUGGCAAGGACACAGUCAUUGGUGUGCUGGACAUCUAUGGCUUUGAAGUUCUUCCUGUCAAUAGCUUUGAACAGUUCUGCAUCAAUUACUGCAACGAGAAGCUCCAGCAGCUCUUCGUCCAGCUCAUCCUGAAGCAGGAGCAGGAGGAAUAUGAGCGCGAGGGCAUUGCCUGGCAGAGCGUCGAGUAUUUCAACAACGCCACCAUCGUGGAGCUGGUGGAGCGGCCCCACCGCGGCAUACUGGCCAUUCUGGAUGAGGCCUGUAGCACCGCUGGCCCCGUCACCGACCGCAUCUUCCUGCAGACGCUGGACACGCACCACCGCCACCACCCACACUACUCCAGCCGCCAGCUCUGUCCUACUGACAAGACCAUGGAGUUUGGCAGAGACUUCCGGAUUAAGCACUAUGCAGGGGAUGUCACGUACUCUGUGGAGAGAUUCAUUGACAAGAAUAGAGACUUUCUCUUCCAGGACUUCAAGCGGUUGCUGUAUAACAGUGCAGAUCCCAUUCUGCGGGCCAUGUGGCCAGAUGGGCAGCAGGACAUCACAGAAGUGACCAAGCGCCCCCUGACGGCUGGCACACUCUUCAAGAACUCCAUGGUGGCCCUGGUGGAGAACCUGGCUUCCAAGGAGCCCUUCUAUGUCCGCUGCAUCAAACCCAAUGAGGACAAGGUGCCUGGGAGGCUAGAUGAGGACCACUGUCGUCACCAAGUUGCAUACCUGGGCCUACUGGAGAACGUGAGGGUCCGGAGGGCUGGCUUUGCUUCCCGCCAGCCCUACCCUCGAUUCUUGCUCAGGUACAAGAUGACCUGUGAGUACACAUGGCCCAACCACCUGCUGGGCUCUGACAGGGCAGCUGUGAGCGCCCUCCUGGAACAGCACGGCCUGCAAGGGGAUGUGGCCUUUGGCCACAGCAAGCUGUUCAUCCGCUCGCCACGGACGCUGGUCACUCUGGAGCAGAGCAGAGCCCGCCUCAUCCCCAUCAUCGUGCUGCUGCUGCAGAAGGCAUGGCGGGGCACCCUAGCUCGGUGGCGCUGCCGGCGGCUGAAGGCCAUCUACACCAUCAUGCGCUGGUUCCGAAGACACAAGGUGCGCGCUCACCUGGCUGAGCUGCAGCAGAGGUUCCAGGCUGCACGGCAUCCCCCGCUCUAUGGUCGAGACAUCGUGUGGCCGCCUCCCCCUGCCGUGCUGCAGCCCUUCCAGGACACCUGCCAUGCACUCUUCUGCAGGUGGCGAGCCCGGCAGCUGGUGAAGAACAUUCCUCCUUCAGACAUGGCCCAGAUCAAAGCCAAAGUGGCUGCCAUGGGGGCCCUGCAGGGGCUGCGUCAGGACUGGGGCUGCCAGAGGGCCUGGGCCCGAGACUAUUUGUCUUCUGGCACUGACAACCCCACAGGCGCCCGCCUGUUUGCUGAGCGGCUGAAGGCACUUCGGGAAAAGGAUGGCUUUGGGGCUGUACUCUUUUCUAGCCAUGUCCGCAAGGUGAACCGCUUCCGCAAGAGCCGGGACCGGGCCCUCCUGUUCACAGACCGACACCUCUACAAGCUGGACCCUGGCCGGCAGUAUAGGGUGAUGCGGGCCGUGCCACUGGAAGCGGUGACAAGGCUAAGUGUGACCAGUGGACGAGACCAGCUGGUGGUGCUACAUGCCCGGAACCAGGACGACCUUGUGGUGUGCCUGCAUCGCUCCCAGCCAACAUUAGACAAUCGCAUUGGGGAGCUGGUGGGCAUACUGGCUGCCCACUGCCAGGGGGAAGGACGAAACCUUGAGGUCCAUGUCUCUGACUGUAUCCCAGUGAGCCAACGUGGUGCCCGGCGCCUCGUCUCUGUGGAGGCGAGGCCAGAACAGCCCGAGCCUGACUUCUGCUGCAGCCAUGGUGCCUUCACUCUCCUCUGGCCGAGCCCCUGAGCCAGCCUGAGCUCUGGCCUCCAUGCACUUCCUCACACCCGGCCUUGGCCACACUGAAGGCCAGAACUUGCCCACCCUACCUGGGACACCAGCAAUAAAGAUGCUAUGUUUGUA